GCGGUGCUGCAGCAUUGCUGAGCCCAGCCUGCGCCCCGCCGUGUCCCGCCAUGGCCGGCCUCAACUCGCUGGAGGCGGUGAAGCGCAAGAUCCAGGCCCUGCAGCAGCAGGCGGAUGAGGCGGAGGACCGCGCGCAGGGCCUGCAGCGGGAGCUGGACGGCGAACGCGAGCGACGAGAGAAAGGCCGCUGGGGCCUGGUGCUCAGCAGGGAUUGCAGACAGUGCUUACUGGCACCUAUGUGGGGUCGUACUGGAGUGGGUGGUGGUCCUGAUGAGGUUGCUCCUUGCAGAGGCAUGAAGGUGAUAGAAAACCGGGCCAUGAAAGACGAGGAGAAGAUGGAGAUCCAGGAGAUGCAGCUCAAGGAGGCCAAGCACAUUGCUGAGGAGGCCGACCGCAAAUACGAGGAGGUAGCUCGGAAGCUGGUGAUCCUGGAGGGCGAGCUGGAGAGGGCCGAGGAGCGUGCAGAAGUGUCUGAGCUAAAAUGUGGCGACCUGGAAGAAGAACUCAAGAAUGUCACCAAUAAUCUGAAAUCGCUGGAGGCAGCCUCGGAAAAGUAUUCUGAAAAGGAAGAUAAAUAUGAAGAAGAGAUCAAACUGGUGUCUGACAAACUGAAAGAGGCCGAGACCCGCGCCGAGUUCGCAGAGAGAACGGUCGCCAAGCUGGAAAAGACCAUCGAUGACCUGGAAGAAAAACUCGCCCAGGCCAAAGAAGAGAACGUGGGCUUACAUCAGACACUGGAUCAGACGCUAAACGAACUUAACUGUAUAUAACCAUGACAGCAGAGUCUCCUUCCAGCAGAAACCCCAGGGCCCCGCGUCUUUCUCUUCUCUUGUAAGAAGUUCCUUUUGUUACUGCAUCUUCUCUUUGCUGGAAAUGUCAAGCAAAUUAUGAAUCCAUGACCAAUUAUUUUGUAUCAGAGAAGCUUUGAGCACCAGUUAAAUGAUUCCUUUUUUUUUUUCCCAAAUGGCACCAGCUUUUUCGGCUCUUUUUUUUUUUUUUUUUUCCUUAUCCUUAUGUUGCAUUUACUCCUAAGAUAGGCAGGGUUAUUUCCUAUUGAGUAGACUUUCUUCAGAUUGAGGGCAUUUGGUUCCUGGGAGAAUAAGAUGACCACACCCACCCACCCACCCACACAUACUUUCAAGAACACAGUCGAUUGGCUCUUCAUGAAUCACCUGAAAAGGCUGGAGAACAAAGCCUUCUGGGCCACCGUUUUUUCAGCAGGUAGGAGGCCAGGGACCAUCGCAUUGCUAUGGUGGGGAUUUUCCAUCCAGGAGUGGGGGAAAUGGCUAUAGUCAUAAACCACAGGUCGAUUAGCCUAAUCCCUGUGACCCUUUUCCACACUCCACUGGGCAGAGCAAGCAUGCUCUGAGCAGCAGCAUGAGAGUGCUUGGGAAGUAGUCUUGCGAGCCGCCCAAGUGUUUUCUGAACAAUCCUCGAUGUUAUGCGCUUCUGCAUGUUUCUUUCAUUCCCAAGUUGGCCUUUGAGAUGUCUUUUUCCAAUAAUGACCCAUGCUUCUCUGCUCUGGUGUGAGGCCAUCGUUCUCAGCAGGAAUGAAUAGGGUGGAGUUCAGUCCUCCCCAGGCCCGCCAUCUCAAAAAGCCUGCUAGCCACCAAUAAACUGGACCAAAGUGAUUUUCGCUUAACAAACACUGGGCAUAAGGGGCCUCUCAAAGUAGAGGUGAAAGAGUAGCUGCCCAGCUGGAUCUCCUCCAUACUUCAGGGCAUGGCAGGUGGAAGAGUGCUGGUGUAAGACUUCAACUCCUUCUUCAGGACCAAGUUAAUAAGAGACCAAGACACUCCUGAUGAAACUGGAUAUGGAGUUGUAGACAGGGCUGCACAUGUUGGCUUGGUUGUAUUUCUGCUUUCUCCAUUAGCAUCUCAGAGCUGAAACAUUCCACACUCCCCAGCAGAGCGGGGGGGACCCAAGUCAAGUUUACAAUCCCGGCCAAAAUCACCUUGCUUUGAGUUUAUCCACCUCCCCUGCCCCUCACUCCUAUUUAUUAAGCAUCACACUACCCAGGAGAUACACUAGCCAUUGUGUAAUUGACUUAAGACCCAUACUUUUCAUUUACGAUUCUUGCAACUGUAUCAUAUGUAAUAGUAUCUCUUUUUCUACAUUUUGGUCAAAUAAAUUUUUACAUAAACUA